AUAUAAAUUAACCCAUUUAUCCCAUUUGCAUCCCAUUAAUUGUUAUCUCAUUUUGAAAAUAAUGCAAAAAAUAUAUCUACUAUUUGCACUACUCGGCUGUCUAUUGGGACAGUUAGUUAACGCCGGUGAUGGUGGACAUGGAAGACAUGGACACGGAGGAGGAGGAGGCGGACCGGGAAUGAUGGGUAAAUCAGGUAUGGCUUUCCUUAGCCAUGACAAGGAGGCCAAAGAUCGUAUGUGUGCGGCGGACAACAUGAAAGACGACAAGUUGGAUGUGCUGAGGGAAGAGAUGGCCAAAUGUGAUACCGACGAGUGCGCCAAAGAGGCCGAUGAUGUCAACGACAAGUGCCAGAAACAUGAAAACCAGGCGAUGUUGCAAAAAGUUUGUAGUGAUAAAUACAAGUCGUGUAUUAAGAAACGACACGAAGCUUUUCAACACAUGAGACAACAAAAGGGAAGUCCCGGUGCUGGAGGUGGUGGGGGUGAGGGAGAGCCUGAAAAGGCUGAUAAUAGCGAUGAGCUCAAGAAACUGAAGGAACAGUGGAGAGAGAAAUGGAAGGCCCGUAAGGCCUGUUUGAAGGCAGCAUUUGAUAAAGCAUACGGAAAGGCGGCUUAGUUUAUAUAUACACACAAACAUUGAUUGUAGUGUAAAGUUAUCGGUAAUAUUAUCGGUAAAUUGAAAAAUUCAUGUACAACAAUAUACGGUAUUAUACUGUAUUAUAUAAAAUUGUAUUAACAAAUUAAAAAAAAUUGAAUAAAACUAAAUUUUGAAUAC